CCUCCCCCUCCCGCCCCGCCGCGCGCUCGCGGACGGUCGGCGCGCGGGCUGGGCCGGCGCCCCUCAGCUUCGCUCCUGGCGUCGCCCCGGGCCCCGGGGGAUGCCCCCGGCCGGGUCCCCCCAUGGCCACCGACGUCUUCAUGUGCUCCCCGCGCCGGCCGCGCAGUCGGUGCCGCCCGAUGCUGCUCAAGCCCCAGGUGCCCGAGGACGACGACGACUCGGACACGGAUGAGCCGUCCCCGCCGCCCGCCUCCGGCUCGGCCACGCCGGCCCGGGCCCAGGCGAGCGCCGCGCCGCAGCCGUCCCGGGCCGGGUCGGGCCGCGAGGAGCCUCCGCGCCGCCAGCAGAUCAUCCACAGCGGCCACUUCAUGGUGUCGUCGCCGCACCGCGAGCACCCGCCCAAGAAGGGCUACGAUUUCGACACGGUCAACAAGCAGACGUGUCAGACCUACAGCUUCGGCAAGACCAGCUCCUGCCACCUGUCCAUCGACGCCUCGCUCACGAAGCUCUUUGAGUGCAUGACCCUGGCCUACAGUGGAAAGUUGGUGUCUCCAAAGUGGAAGAAUUUCAAGGGCCUGAAGCUCCAGUGGAGAGAUAAGAUCCGGCUCAAUAACGCCAUCUGGCGGGCAUGGUACAUGCAGUAUUUGGAGAAGCGCAAGAAUCCCGUGUGCCACUUUGUCACUCCCCUGGACGGCUCUGUUGAAGUAGAUGAGCAUCGCCGGCCAGAGGCCAUCACCACAGAAGGGAAGUACUGGAAAAGCCGCAUUGAGUUUGUAAUUCGGGAAUAUCACAAGUGGAGAACCUACUUCAAGAAAAGGCUACAGCAGCACAAGGAUGAGGACCUCUCCAGCCUGGCCCAGGAUGAUGACAUGCUUUAUUGGCACAAACAUGGGGAUGAAUGGAAGACCCCCGUCCCCAUGGAGGAGGACCCACUGCUGGACACAGACAUGCUCAUGUCAGAAUUCAGCGACACUCUCUUCUCCACACUUUCCUCACAUCAGCCGGUGGCCUGGCCCAACCCUCGGGAAAUAGCACAUCUGGGCAAUGCAGACAUGAUUCAGCCGGGCCUGAUUCCCUUGCAGCCCAACUUGGACUUCAUGGACACCUUUGAGCCUUUCCAGGACCUCUUCUCUUCCAGCCGCUCCAUUUUUGGCUCCAUGCUGCCUGCACCCACCUCAACACCUGCACCAGAUCCCAACAUCCCAACUGCUCAGGAGAGCAUCCUACCAACCACCGCUCUCCCCACUGUGAGCCUCCCUGACAGCCUCAUCGUGCCCCCCACAGCCACUGCCCUGGACCCCACGGAUGAGCAGGGCUGUGAACAUGCUCCCCGGCCUGGGGACCCCUUUAUCCAGCCUGCAGACUUUGGUCCCUCUGCGCCGCCACUGAGUGUCCCACAGCCUUUCCUCCCCGUGUUCACCGUGCCGCUGCUCUCUCCCAGUCCUGCCCCAGUGCCUGUGUCCCCUCCCUUGCCUUUGGUCCCUCCUCCUGCCACUGCCCUGACCCCUCCAACUCCACCUGCUUUCCUGCAACCGCAGAAGUUUGCCGGAGUCAGCAAGUCGCCUUCCGUCAUCACCCACACGGCCUCUGCCACCCUUACCCACGAUGCCUCUGCCACCACCUUCAGCCAGAGCCAGGGCCUUGUGAUCACAACCCACCACCCCAACCCCUCAGUGUCCUCCUGUGGCCUGGCGCUGUCUCCGGUCACCCGGCCACCGACUGUUGGGCCUCCCCAACCUCGCUUAACUUUUGUGCACCCCAAAUCUGUAUCUAUGUCUGGCGGGAGGCCUAAGCAGCCCCCCAAAAUAGUGCCUGCUCCCAAACCAGAGCAUAUGCCCUUGGUGUUGAAGAAUGCUUGCAUCGCCCCAGCUGCCUUUUCAGGACAACCACAAGCAGUGAUUAUGACAUCAGGCCCUCUGAAGAGAGAAGGGAUGUUGGCUUCUACCGUGUCGCAGUCCAACGUGGUCAUCAAGCCUGCUGCCAUUGCCAGGGCUCCUGGAGUUACGGAGUUCCACAGUGGCAUCCUAGUGACAGACCUCGGCCGCCCCUCGAGCAGCCAGCCCGCCCCCGUCUCCCGGCUCUUUUCGCCAAGCACAGUGCAAGAUUCCCUGGUGAAGGGCGAGCAGGUCCCGCUGCACGGGGGCAGUCCCCAGGUCCCUGCCACGGGUUCCAGUCGAGACUGCCCGAACUCGGGGCAGGCCUCCCCGUGUGCUUCAGAACAGAGCCCCAGUCCUCAGUCUCCCCAGAACCACUGCUCAGGGAAACCUGCAGACCCCAAAAACAUGGCUGCUUUAAAGAACCGGCAGAUGAAGCACAUUUCAGCUGAGCAGAAAAGGCGCUUCAACAUCAAGAUGGGUUUUGACACCCUGAACAGUUUGAUCUCUAAUAAUUCCAAGCCAAGUAGCCAUGCCAUCACGCUGCAGAAGACCGUGGAGUACAUCACCAAGCUGCAGCAGGAGCGGGGCCAGAUGCAGGAGGAAGCCCGGCGGCUGCGGGAGGAGAUCGAGGAGCUCAACGCCACCAUCCUCUCCUGCCAGCAGCUGCUCCCUGCCACGGGAGUCCCUGUUACCCGGCGCCAGUUUGAUCACAUGAGAGACAUGUUUGACGAGUAUGUAAAAAGCCGGACCCUGCAGAAUUGGAAGUUCUGGAUUUUCAGCAUCAUCAUCAAGCCGCUAUUUGAGUCCUUCAAAGGGAUGGUGUCCACCAGCAGCCUAGAAGAACUGCACCGGACGGCGCUGUCCUGGCUGGACCAGCACUGCUCCCUGCCCAUCCUCAGGCCAAUGGUGCUGAACACCCUCCGGCAUCUGAGCACCACCACCUCCAUUCUCACAGACCCGUCCCAGCUGCCGGAGCAGGCGGCAGAGGCUGUCACCAGAGUUGGCAAGAGAUCGGGGGAGUCUUAGCAACGCUUAGCAGGCAUGUGGCUGCAUGAGAUGCCACGGAGCCCCUUCCCUGCCUGUGGAGAGGAGUCUGCGCCCACGCCUCUCCUGACACAGAGCCUCAGGACCUUCCUUCUACUCUGCUGGCCCAUCGGGCCACUCAGAAUGCCAUGCUCAGGUCUGAAGCAGGUUCGGGUCCUGCCAACAGCAAUAGCCCAUCUUUGGGAAGCCCUUGCUGUGAACUCUCACUCAGUGACCUCCGUCACCGACCUCGCCUCCCCUUGGAGCAGCCCAGACAAAGGGGAACACCGCCCGGUCCUGUGCUGUCCUGCCUUGCUGGUGGUGUGUCAGGGCCACAGCACCAGCGUGGGGAGUAGAUGGGUCAAGAGGAGGCAACGCCUGCUCCUGCAAGUUAGGAAACUUCAGGGUGCUUCCUGGUUCCUGUCUUGAGACUUACAGAUGUUCCCUCCUGUCACAUCCUGGGCACUUGUACUGUUGGGAACGACUCCCUGUGCCCACUCUGGCCCGCCUGUGGAGCAGCUAGAAGGCAUCUUCAUCCCCUGACUCUGACCUUAUCGGUGGACCUGGAUGUCUGCUCAGGCUUAUGCAUGGUGGGCUGCCUUCUCCUACCGCUUGGGCUGCUGGGGGAGCCCCCAAACACACGUGUGCAAAAGCAGGUGUGGGUGCCUGUGGGACGAGAAGGAAAGCACAACAACGCAAAGCUGCUACGCUGGCUUGGACUGUGCUCUUGGGCAACGUUUUAAUCUGUCUUGAUUUAGUUCCACGUGGCAUUGCAGCAUCCAUUGGAUCUCUGAUUUGAGAAUCACGACGAGGACUCAGCCCGGGCCUCCUCAGGCAUCCUCACAACAUGGCCCUUCUACCCUUGUUCUCCACCUGAUUCCAGGCUGCAGCCACAGACAAGCCAGCUGUGCCUGAUGGACACUCGUGGUCCUUAGGGUGUAGUGUUUGAAAGGCCAGACUCCACGGUGCUGCCAUCAGCCUGGUCCCCUUGUCUGGAUUGUUCAGCCGGGAGCCCCAAACCAUAAGAGUUCUCGGACCAAAGAUGUCACCAUGCCCAAAGUCUGUCCUGUCUUGUAUUUGGAAGAAGAAAUUGAAUGUUGACAGGCAGAACUCCAAGGUGGCCAGCCUUGGAGCUGUCUAGGCAUCUCCCAGAUCAGACAGUAAAGAAUUAUACUCAGAUUUGAUCAAGGUGGAGGAAUUUGUGGGGGCAGUGGGCUGUCUCUGAAUGUGCGAAUUGCAGUUGGAGGGGUUCAGAGGAAGGGGCAGCAGGAGGGCGGGUCCGGGGCUCCCUGCGUCUGCAUGGGUGGCCGCAGGUGGACGGGCGCUCUCUUCGACACUCAGGAAGCCCAGCCACGGGCACCUCCUCGCUGACAGAAUGUGCUUUUAACGUCCUGCUGUGAAGUUCAGAGCCAGCAGGCUUUCCAUUCCACCUCUGCUCUUCCUGCCAGAGAUGGAGACCGGGCAGUUCUAGGCAGGCCAGGAUGGGCUUUGAGGGAGCCGAGGAGCCGGGUGGGACAGGGGGAGGGUACCACAUGCUACCCCCGAAGUUCGGAGGCUCCCAUUGCUUCGGAGGCCUGCAGAAGGUCCUCAGAGGACAGCCAGCCCCACCUCAGCUUCGGUUGAUGGAGGACAGAGGGGGGCCGUCUCCCUGCUGACGUCUAUGCCACAGGUCACUGACCAGUCGUCUGCUCCUGUGUUUCUCUUCAGCCCCGUGGAAGAGCAGCUUGGCAGCACCCCUGAGCCCCCCCAGAAAAUGUGUUUACAGGCCUUCCGCAUCACUUUCCUGAGGGGUGAGCCCUAGAUGAGGCUGGGCUGGUCCAUCAUGCCCACUGGGAAGUGGUAAGAGAACCCGUCCUUCACCCCCUAGAUAAAUAUGAAGUUGCCCUUUGAAAGGAGAAACCCCUGUGGUAAGAACUCUGCUAGGGUCACAAGAAAAACACGAAACACGUUCCCAGCCGUGAGGGCUCGUGGAGGGUCCUGAGCCUGACCCCUCGGCCUCUUCCCCAGUUCCUGUGCCUUCGUAAGCCGCGUGGAUGGCCACAGUGCUCAGCUUGCCAAGACCUCUCCAAAAUCGAUAGCUUUCUCCCCACCCUUUGCUGGGCAUCAUCUUUUUAAACUCCGUGGGAUAUGAAAUGGGCCUCUUGCUUCUUUGGCCUAACUCUCUUCUUUCCCUUUUGCUGAUUGAAUGUUUGUGAUUCUGUUAAAUAUUUAAGGCUGUUAGGUUGUGUGAGACUUUGAAGGGUGUGUGUGUCCCAGCAGACUGUUACUAGAUGCACGUUUCUGUUUUGAGAUGUUUCUUAAAUCCAUUUCUCUUGGUGCUCACCAUCACCACAGCUGUAGGGCCACAAAGCUGUAUUUCUUACUAUAGACAUGAUUGUCUCUUGUCUCGCAGUUUUCGUGUUUCAGAAUCUUGUCCGAUGAAUCUCAGGGGCCUAGCCUCAACUUCUUUCCUGGAGUCCUGGGCCGGGGUGUGGGGACCUCCAGGCCACCCGGCCAGCAGCCUCCACUGAACGUUGAACACGGGCCUGUGGUUUGUUUACACUCAUUUCCACCCACACUCCUGUUGCUACUCCCAUUAAAAAAACUUAAAAAUGCUGAUAAUUUGAAGGAUAAGAAAAUCAUACUGAAAAGAAAAAGAGCCUGUCUGGCACAUAAAUCUCUGAAAGUGAUUCUGUGAAAUCUUUCUGUGCCAUCGGCUCCCUUCCCAGCACUGUUCGCUCUUUCACGAUGAGUGAGAAGCACAGGGACAGAGCAGGUGCCACCACAGGGCUUUCUGAAAUUGACUGGCCCGUCCCUCCUGUCUCAGGCAGGUUAUACACCAGCUGUCGCCCCGUUUGCAGGGCCCCGCCCCGUGGCAGACUGACCGCUUUCCGGCGGUUUUUCACGGCACAAGGGAAGCAGUCCCAAUAUCAGAAGUUAGCGUUGAUGAAAGCACUGGAUCUUGUCAAAGAGGAAGGACUGAGAGGACGGCAAAAUCCCCAGCACGCUGUGUUCCUGGAACCUCUGUAGGAGGAGCGGUGGUCACUACUCACCCAUGUGUCCUUGUGCGCCCGACCUCCACUUCCUGUCCUUGUGACCUGACCCCAUGCCCAAGCCCCUUCUUGAGGUCAGGCAUGAAGAUGUUUUUGUUCUGGCCAAUAGAAAUAUAAACUUGGAUUCCUAAGGGACAUGGCACCCCAGUUUGGUGCCAAACCGCUGUGUCUCGCCCCAGGUGAAGGGGGAUGGUGGUGAGUGACAUCACUGCUUGAUUCUGGCAGACCCUCUGCCAAGAGGGGUCACACACCUCUCCGCUCCAUGUCCAAUCCUGGCAGGCUCCACCCCAGCUUCCUCCAGGGAGGCCUCCCUUCCUUGUGAGGCGCUGGCCUCCUGCCUAGAUGAAUCCUGAGGCGCCAGGUUCAUUGUUGUUUUCUGCAUCACAAGUGUUCAUUGUCUAGCUGAACAAAAACUCAUCAGAAGGGAGCUGGGACUGUCCUGUGGGUCCCUCUGGCUGUGGCCGGCAGGUUCGCUCGGUGAGGGGCAGGCGUGGUACUGUGGACCCAGGUCCUGCGCUGGCCAACCUUGCCUCUGUCAGUCUCUUAUCUCUCUGGCUCCAGAUGGGCAGGCUUGCCAUCGCCUCAUUGCCCCUCCCCACUCAGCAGUCCCAUCCCCUCCUGUGGUUACCUCGUUCCUGAACCUCCUUCCUCUCUCUGGCGGGAAGAAUUGCCUUUCCCUGGAGACACCCUGUUUCCUGUUGGGCGCUGUGCCGUAGGUGAAACCCACCCACCAUGUGUUGAAACCGAGCUUUGCAGAGGGUUUCCUUGGUCCUGGUCUUCUUGGGGAACGGAGUUGAGAGAGCCCUCACGUAGACAGCGCAGGAAGCACUAGGAUGCCUGGUGGGCCGUGGUUUGGGGUUUGGUGCCCCUGAGGCCUGUGUAUCAAAGAGGAUUUUCACCACGUCUGAACAUGGGUGAGGGGAGAGGAGAGCUGGAGGGCGGAAGAGCUUGGAAGCUCAGUGUGAGUUUGCACCAUUCGUUAGUCAUCGUGGCCUUCAUCCCCUCGGCGGGUUUCUGUGAUGAGAGGGCCUCCAGGGACAGGGAGAAGCCUUAGGACCUCCCAUGUGCCCGCACACGGAUCAGCUGCCCGGUUUUCUUUUCCUUCUGAGCACUUGGCUUUCCCAGCUCGCCACACGGCUGUUUCUUUGUUGGGGCCUAAGAAAAUCAGCCUUUGAGAACGAAAAGGGAACUUUUCAUGUUGAAUGUUGGCUUUGACUUUGAGUGUGUGUGUAUAUAUGUGUGUGUGCGCACUAGCAUGUGCUUCCACAAGCUGUGUGUGUUUACUUUAAUGGGAUUUUAUUUUUGUGAAAUUCCUUUCCAAUUAUGUAGCAAAAUUCACCUCCAUCUCCCAGUCAAACUUUUGGCUCCACCGUCAGCCCCAGGCGUUGCGAAUUUGAAGAAUUCUCUUCUGGGUUUCUGAACAGAGACGUGUUGCUCUCAGGAGUCGAGGUUGUGGCAGGUUGUGAGAAACUGACGUUUUAGACAUUUCCAUGGAGUUUACACCCCACAGUUGAAAGGCGUAAAAGGCUUGGCCCUGGGAGAUGGAUUCUCGGCUGUGUUUCUCACAGGGCACUCGGAGAACGCAGCCUCUGCCCCACAACGUCCUGCUCUUUCGGUAUCUGAGUCUUCACACAGCGCACAGAUGGAUGCUGUAUUCGUUUGCUUAUUCUGUACACCACAGCUGAAACACUGCUUUCUUUUCCUUUUUCAGAUUUCAGUUCGUUGUGUAAAUGGUUCUUUUUUCCUGUUGUGAGCCUUGGGGGUAGUGUCAGGGCACCUUUAGGAGAGUUACCCUUGUGGUCUGAAAAACAAAACCCAGAAGAGUCUUGUUUGAUCAGAGGCUCCCUCAGGCCUGCGUCAUCCAGAACACGGCCCUUUCUGCUCUGCUGUUGACAAGCACGUUUCCACCAGCUGUAUUCAACACUACAAUGCAGUUUUAAAACUAUAUUUGCAUCCAAGACAAUAAAAAGCCGUAUUUUUUUGAAAA